GGAGGUUCCCUCCUCCUGGUUUUCACUUCAUGUUUUGGAUGCCGCGGGCCGGGUGAGCAGAGAUCCCAGGCUUUGGCCCAGGCAGCUGGCCUGCCUCCGAGCACUGCCAUGAACCACUUCCAGACCAUCCUGCCUCGGGUCCGGAUGCUGCUGGCCGGCCAUCUGCCGAGCCAGGCCCGGGCCCUCCUGGACAGCAUGUUGGAGAGGGAGCUCCUCUCCAGGGAGUACCACUGCGCUCUGCUCCGCGAGCCUGACGGCGAGGCCCUGGCCAGGAAGAUCUCCUUGACCCUGCUGGAGAAAGGAGACCCAGGCUUGGCCCUCUUGAGGUGGGCAUGGGGUACGUGGCAGGCCCCGCUGGCCGAGAGGGACCCCGACGACGAGGACCGUGCCCGCAGUGGGCAGUGUGCCGCCAUGGAGUUGGGGCCUCUAGAAGGCGGCUACCUGGAGCUUCUCAACAGCAAUGCUGACCCCCUGCAGCUCUACCACCUCUAUGACCAGAUGGACCCGGCUAGAGAAGAGAUGGAGCUCUGCUCAGAACCCGACAUGGACACCAUCAACUGCGAGCAGUUCAGCAGACUGUUGUGUGACAUGGAAGGUGAUGAAGAGACCAGGGAGGCUUAUGCCAAUAUCGCGGAACUGGACCAGUACGUGUUCCAGGACUCACAACUGGAGGGUCUGAGCAAAGGCUUUUUCAUCGAGCAUAUAGGAUUGGAAGAAAUGAUCGGCGAGAGUGUGGAGACGCUGGAGGAAAAGAAAAGUCAGAAAAGAUCCUUCCCAGAGGAGCUGCCCAUGGACUCGAAGCACAGGAAGCUGGCUGAGCCCCUUGCUGUGCCCAUGGUGACUGGCACAUUCCUGGUGGGGUCCGUGAGUGACUCCUCAGCUCUGCCCUGCCUGUCACCCCCUGCUGUGUUCAACAAGGAGCCAGCAUCCAGCCAGAGGUGGCUGAAGGAGACCAUCCUGAUGCCUGUGCCCCCUUCAAGUUCCUUGCUGAGCUGCCUGAGCCUUUCUGCUGGACACAUCCAGAUCGUCCCCACUCUGCCCCAGGGGCUCUGGCAAAUCUCAGGGGCUGGGACAGGGGUAUCUGGUAUGGUCAUCUAUCAAGGUGAGGUGCCCCAGGCCAGCCAGGCGCUUCCUUCCAGCAGCCCCGCCAUACACAGCCUCCCCAAAUCCCCAGAACGGCCCGGCUCCACCAGCCCCUUUGCCCCGUCUGCGGCUGACCUUCCCGGAAUGCCGGAACCAGCUCUGACCUCCCGUGCAGAUGUGACAGAGGAGCAGAUGUCCCCUACCCGAUCCCCGGCAGCUCACGAGGUCUGCAGCCAGCUCCCGAAAUGGCCUGAGCGGGUGGAGAAGUUCUGCAGCGCCCUUCGGGACACGUACCAGGCUGAGCCCGCAGGCCCGGAAGGCAUCCUGGUGGAGAUGGAACUGGUGAGGGCGCGGCUGGAAAGGAGCAGCAGCAAAAGCCAGGAGAGGGAGCUGGCCACCCUGGACUGGGCAGAGCGGCAGCCGGCCCGCGGGGGCCUGGCCGAGGUGCUGCUGGCGGGGGGUGACCGCCGGCGGCCGCGGGAGACACAGGUGAUCGCUGUGCUGGGUAGAGCGGGGCAGGGGAAGAGUCGCUGGGCCCGGGAAGCGAGCCGGGCCUGGGCCCGCGGCCAGCUGCCCCAGUACGACUUCGUCUUCUACCUCCCCUGCCACUGUUUGGACCGUGGGGGGGACACCUACCGCCUGCAGGAUCUGCUGUUCUCCCUGGGCCCCCGGCCUCUGCCGGUGGACGAUGAGGUCUUCAGCUACGUCUGGAGGAGGCCCGACCGGGUUCUGCUCAUCCUGGAUGCCUCCGAGGGCCUCGAAGGCCAAGACGGCCUCCUGCACAGCGCGUGUGGACCCGUGUGCACAGAGCCCCACUCCGUCCGGGGACUGCUGGCGGGCCUCUUCCAGCGUAAGCUGCUGCGGGGCUGCACCCUGCUGCUCACGGCCCGGCCCCGGGGCCGCCUGGCCCAGAGCCUGAGCAAGGCCGACGCUCUGUUCGAGGUGGCCGGCUUCUCAGCCGAGCAGGCCAAGACCUACCUGACGCGCUACUUGGAACGCGCAGGGGCGACCGAGCGCCGAGAGAGAGCCCUGGAGCUCCUCCAGGGUCAGCCUUUCCUCCUCAGCCACUGCCACAGCCCCACUUUGUGCCGGGCCGUGGGCCAGCUGUCCGAGGCCCUCCUGGAGCUGGGGGGUGAGACGGAGCUGCCCUCCACGCUCACGGGACUCUACGUGGGCCUGCUCGGCCCUGCCGCCCGCGACAGCCCCCCGGGGGCCCUGGCGGGACUGGCCAGGCUGGCCUGGGAGCUGGGCCGCAGACGCCAGGGCACCUUGCUGGAGAGCCAGUUCCCGUCGGCGGAGGCGAGGGCCUGGGCCGUGGCCAAGGGCUUGGUGCAGCCCACCCCAGGGGCCGCGGCGGUGGGGCUGGCCUUCUCCAGCUUCCUUCUGCAGUGCUUCCUGGGGGCCGUGUGGCUGGCCCUGAGCAACGACAUCAAGGACAAGGAGCUGCCACAGUACUUGGCGUUGACCCCGAGGAAGAAGAGGCCCUACGACAACUGGCUGGAGGGCGUGCCGCGGUUCCUGGCGGGGCUGGUUUUCCAGCCGCAUGCCGACUGCCUCGGGGCCCUGGUGGGGCCUGCAGCGGCCACCCUGAAGGACAGGAAGCAGAAAGUGCUCACCAGGUACCUGAAGCGGCUGCAGCCGGGGACGCUGCGGGCCGGACAGCUGCUGGAGCUGUUGCACUGCACCCGUGAGACUUUGGACGCUGGGCUCUGGCAGCACGUGGUGCAGGGGCUCCCCGCCCGCCUCUCCUUCGUGGGCACCCGGCUCACGCCUCCCCACACCUAUGUCCUGGGCAGCGCCUUGGAGGCGGCGGGCCGAGACUUCUCCCUGGACCUCUGCAGCACUGGCAUUGACCCCCCUGGACUGGGGAGCCUCGUGGGACUCAGCUGCGUCACCCAUUUCAGGGCUGCGCUGAGUGACAUGGUGGGGCUGUGGGAGUCUCUACAGCAGCGUGGGGAGGCCAAGCUGCUCCGGGCGGUGGAGGAGAAGUUCACCAUCGAGCCUUUCAAGGCCAAGUCCGUGAAGGAUGUGGAAGAUCUGGGCAACCUCGUGCAGAUCCAGAGGACAAGAAGUUCUUCAGAAGAUACGGCUGGAGAACUCCCUGCGGUCCGGGAUCUAAAGAAGCUGGAGUUCGCGCUGGGCCCUGUCUCAGGCCCCCAGGCUUUUCCCAAGCUGGUGAGGAUCCUCGAGGCCUUUUCCUCCCUUCAGCAUCUGGACCUGGACUCGCUGAGCGAGAACAAGAUUGGCGACGAGGGUGUCGAGCAGCUGUCGGCCACCUUCCCUCGGCUCAAGGCCCUGGAGACCCUCAACUUGUCCCAGAACAACAUCACCGACGUGGGCGCCUGCAAGCUCGCCGAGGCCCUGCCCUCGCUGGCUGCAUCCCUCCUCAGGCUCAGUGUAUACAAUAACUGCAUCUGUGACAUGGGGGCCGAGAGCCUGGCGCACGUGCUUCCAGACAUGGGGUCCCUCCGGGUGCUGGAUGUCCAGUAUAACAAGUUCACGGCCGCCGGGGCCCAGCAGCUGGCCGCCAGCCUGAGAAAGUGCCCUCACGUGGAGACGCUAGCGAUGUGGACGCCCACCAUCCCGUUUGGCGUCCACGAGCACCUACAGCAGCUGGAUUCGCGGAUCAGCCUGAAGUGAUUUCUGCGAUGCCCGGGACAAGGUGACUGAGCAUGUUCUCUGAGGACGCCGACCACGCUGGACCUUGAACUGGUUGUUUGUGGACGCGGUGCUUCUUGGGCCAUCGCCCGUGAGCCUCAGCAUCCUGGCGCCCGGCCCUACCGGCUCAGGGCCGGCCCCCACCCAGCUCUGGGAAGGCCUUUGGCCUGCUCUGCGGACGGACCCAGGCCUGGCUCCAGGCUCCUGCGGGGCCCAGGUCGAUGCCGGCCCCGACGGACGGGUGCACGACCAGUGGUGACGCAGGCCACCCAGGGGCCCUGAGGCAUCCCGCAGGACGCUCCUGGCAGCCGUGGCCGGGCCGGAGUGAGGGAUUGAGGCGGCCACAUCUCUGCCUCCCCAGGUCCCUGUCCGCCUGGGGAGAAGUCACUUCUCUGCACUGCUCUCCUAACAAGGAUGCCGGGUGCUCUCAGGACACGGGCGGCUGGCCCCACCUGCCGAUUUCCCUGUGACAGGCGGGGAGUCUGUGGCAGCUGCUGUCCGUCUGCUGGACUCACUGUUUUGCACUAACUUUGUCGAGGUCGAAGCUCCGCCCGGCCAGACACACUGGACUUGAGCCGGAAAGAGCUGACGGUGCCCUAAUGGUGGGGGGAGGGGAGUGGGCCGGAACCACACCUGCCUCUCGGCCUUCACUUCUUGGGUCAUUUUUUCACUACAGUAUAAAGGGCCCGUUGCAUCUCACAGGCAUGUCCACGGCUGGAGUUUCUACCACGAUCGCCGUUUUGGGGGGGUGCCCGCUGUUCGGUUAUCUAAAUGCAUCACAAACUACCCCAAAAUGCAGUGGGUUAAAACAACACACACGUUUACUCUGCUCACACACGUGUUAUGUGCGCUGUGCCGGGGGGGGGGGGGGCCCAACUCGUCUCCGCCCCACUCAGUGUCAGCCGGGGCAGCUUGAAGGCUGGGGCUGGCAUCAUUUGAAGGCCCGGUCACUCCGUGCUGACUGGGGGUCAGGGGGCUGGGGUCUUGGUUCCUCUAAGGAACUGCCAGAGGAGGACCUUUCCACGCGGGCUGCUUUGGACUUCUUCCUAGCACAGUGGCUGUGCUGAAGGGCGAUCACCCAAAACUGAAGAGAAAGACAGGGACAGGGACAGGGACAGGAACCAUGGACCACAGGGAGAAGCAUCCUUUUUAUAACCCAGACUUGGGAGUCACAAAGCAUCACUGCCUCCUUCUUCUUUGUUCGGUAGCACAGGGGCCAGGGUUCUACAACCCCCCACUCCUCGCAGCACCCCCAGCAGAGUCCAUGUUGACCCCAAGUCCUGUCUAUUUGGAAAGGAUCUUUCUAUGGCAUCUUGAGCUUUGGUGGACAGUUUGUUAUUUGGGGAUCAGUGAGUCGAAGCACCAUAAGCCUUGCAGAGGGGAUGUUUUCCUCUGCUCUAUGCUGGGAGCCGUUCCUCAGUCAAGCUGCAAUCCUGCCCUGGCCGAGGUGAGCCUGGAAGGGACCAGAAGCUUUGCCAUCUGCACAGAGUGCUGCCAGCUUGGCUCUUGUUGCUUUUUUGCUGGAGCAUGACCCACUUGGUCAGAAGUCCUGAUUCAGGAUAAGUCUGCUUUCUCCUGGUGGCAGUGGGAGCUGUCUGUUUGGCUAUAGUUGCACCAGCCCUGAUGCCUGGGUCCCAACUCUCUGUUUCCCAAAGUUGGGGGGGGGGCAGGAGUUAGGAGGGUCAGAGGGAUUCGGUCCUUGCAAAGAGGUGGAGGCCUUUUUUCUCGGCCCAGCUGCAAAGGACACCAGGCGUUGUGACCCAGGUUUUUUGGGUUUUUUUUGAGAGAGAGUGUGUGAGUGGGGGAGGGACACAGAGAGAGGAGGACAAAGGAUCCGAAGCGGGCUCUGUGCUGACAGCAGGAAGCCCGAUGCGGGGUUUGAACUCAUGAACUGCGGGAUCAUGACCUGAGCCAAAGUCGGAUGCUCAACCGACUGAGCCACCCAGGUGCCCCCAGGGUUGGGUUUUAAAUAGCUGGGGCAUCACUCCUCAGGGGGUCCCGGCAUUUGGGGAUUGCAGGCCACCCACGGGCUCCCGUUUGUAUAGCCACAGGGGUGAGCACUGAGCCACCCCCCCACCCCAGUGCAGGCCUCUGCCGGCACCCCUCAGCUGGGUGGGGAGGGCACCAUCAUACCCACUGCUUUCGGUCUGUUCAGAGAUGACACAUUCCCAUCAGAGGCUGUGAUUAUUCGUCGUUCGGACUCUUGAAUGAUAGCUGCCAUUUAUUAAAUGAGCUGAUACAUGUAAAGUGCUUAUCACCGUGCAAGGGAUAUAGUAAGUGUUCGAUAAAUAUCGGUAAUGAUCACUUUGUGCCAA